AUGCAUGUCACGGCGGCCGACUCUCCGCAUGGCGCCUUACCUCCCGGUCCGGCCAUGGUGCGGUCUGGUAGCAUGCCACGACCAAGCCUGUACCAAUGCUGCGUCGAUCUUGUGCGGCGGCUCAGCUGCGUCCCUGGCUUUUCUGCCGAGUUCUUAGGGCGCGGCGAUAUCGCCGUGAGCACACAAGAGCCAGCCGCAAGCGCACCAGUGCCACUUAGUGACCCGGUGUCGACGCUGUGGCAGUGUUUUCGCCUCGGUCGCUCGCUCUGUACGCUGUUCAACCUGUACGCGGGGCGGACAGGGCUUGAACCUAUUCCCCUCACAGUCGAUCCGAAAUUGAGCAACGCGAACGCAUGCAAGGCGCUCGUCAUGCGCUUCGUCAUUGCACUUAAGGAACGCAUUGGGUGGCCGCCAGACGACACAUUCACCGUAUCGCAACUCUAUUUGAACGAUACCAACGGAUUUGUGCGCGUGGUGCGCACGGUCAACGAGCUGCUGAACCUCAUGGAGUCGGUCGGCCUGCUGGUCCCCGGCACGCCUGUGUCGGAUGAGCCGGCGGCCAGCGAUACGUCGCCGCGCGACCAGCACGCCAUGGUCGCCCAGGAGCUGCUUGAAUCGGAGCGCCGCUACGUGCACGAUCUGGAGACGCUGCAGGCGUACGUCUCGCUGGUUGUCAGCGCGAAAGUGCUGCCGACCGAUAUGGUGUACGUCAUCUUCGGGAACCUUGACCCCCUCGUCGAUAUGCAACGGCGCUUCCUGUUGCGCCUCGAGGAGAAUGCGCUUAAACCCGUCGACAGCCAGCAGCUCGGGUACAUCUUCCACUCGAUGGAAGACGAGUUCUCACUGUAUGAGCAGUUCUGUGCGAAUUAUGCACAAGCGCUCCAGACCAUUUCGGACGAGAGCAAGGCGCUGCAGCGCAUGGCGUCGCUGCCUGGCGCACAAGACGCCUAUCUGGAGCCCACGUACGAGCUCCCAACGUACAUGAUCAAGCCUGUCCAGCGCAUCUGUAAAUACCCCCUGCUGCUGGAGAAGCUGCUCAAGACGACCGCUGCCGAUGCGCCGCAGCAGGACGAGCUGCAGCAGGCCCUGCACACCAUACGCCGCAUCACCGACAAGGUCAAUGAGAAGCGUCGAAUCCAGGAGAAUAUACAGCUCGUCCAGGAGCUCGAGCGCCGUGUCGAGGACUGGAAAGGCCACUCGCUCAAGACGUUCGGCACCCUCUUCCUAAGCGACACGUUCGUGGUCUCCAAGGGCGAUUCGGAGCGCGAGUUCCGUGUCUAUCUGUUCGAGCGCAUCCUCCUCUGCUGCAAGGAUCUCGGUGCAUCGCUACCCCCCACCACCUCGCCCGCUCUGCCGCCCAUCGGCGUCUCGGUUGGCCUGCCGGGACGCUCGCGCUCGAAAAGCGGCUCGCGACUGCGGUCGCGCGCGAACAGCGUAUCGGACACAAGCGCCGCCACGCGGCGUGACGCCAAUGCUCCCCUCCAGCUCAAGGGCCGCAUUUUCUUGAAUAACAUUGUCGGGAUCCAGGUGCUCGAGCGGCCCGCGAGUGGGUCCGACACGCAGGCGGCGCCGUACCCACUCCAGGUGUGGUGGCGCGGCGAGGCGGACGUCGAGUCGUUCUGCCUGCGGUGCAAAAACGAUGAACAGCUGCGUCUUUGGCACAGCACGCUCCAAAAACUACUCGAUGAGGUACAGGCGCGUCGCGACCUGUUGGCAGCGGCGUCGACGCCGUCGACACCGCUGCCGUCGGCGCCCCUCACGCGCCACCGCGGCGGUUUUCUCCAGGUGGCAACGCCGCUCACAACGCACCCCCCUGAGAUCCCAGCACGCCCGGUGCUGCGCCAUGCGCUUACGGAGGACACGGCCGUGAACGAUUUUCCGUGGCUGCGCAGCGCUGGCGUCAGUCCGGUGGGACAGGGGCCCACGACUGACGAGGUGGCCCCCGACGAGGCAGCGCCUACGUCUACGCCGCCGCCGGAGGAGAUGCAUCGACCGACGCCGCUGAGCGCGCUGAGCAUGACCAGCAGUGCGCCGAGCCACAAUGCACGUGUGGCCUGGCGCCAGAUGUCGCUGGGGCACAUUCACGGAGUGCCGCUCUCGCCGCGCAGCGCCGCCCCUGGCCCGUCGCGCUCGUCGUCGCUCGGUAGCGGAUUGCAACCGCCCAGGGCAAAUACCGAGGGUGUCGAGCAGGAACUGGCGGCUAUGCGCCUCGUCCAGGCACAGCAGCGGCGGCCGAGCGGGCUUGCGCGCACGAGACCUGCGCUGCAUCUGGACAGUGCGCUGAUGCAACGCACGGCGUCGGACAGCAUUGCGAUGCGCCCGAUGCAGUCGCCUGCGGCCGUGUUCUCGCCCAUCACAGCUACGCCGACGUUCCUUCCCGAGGCGGCGAGUAUCGCAGGCGUGCCGAACGAGCCGGAUUGGAACCCGUACUUUCCUGCUGUGCACACGUCGCAGCGACAGAGCCGCUCGAGCCAGGUCACGGGCGAGUCGUUGGACAGCCCGCUGCCCAGCGCGACGCAGUCGCCGCGGGCGCAUCCCCACAACUCCACAGGCUCACUGAACAUGCCCAGUGGCGUCCGGCCCUGGUCGGGCUCACACUCGCCGUCGCGGCCGAAGUUCAUGCUCGUGCGUGUGCGCCACGGCAACGACUAUAAGGAGCUGACCAUGGCACCCCGCACUCCCUUCUCUGCGCUUAAUACACGUGUUCAUGAGAGCGUGUGCCUCUCGUCAGAGGGCGCUACACGCAUGUACCAUAUUGACAGCGACGGUGAUCGUGUCAUGCUGCUGGACGACGACGAUUUGUCCACGGCGAUGGAGUAUGCACUUCGGCACGACUACGUCCUAGAUAUCAUGAUUGAGUAG